AUGGUGUCGGUCAGAAGAAGAAAGAGUAACCACAGUGGAACCUCCAAAGUGUCCGUAAGGGUGAAAGACAAGCAGAGGCGGCACAUCGCCACCAACAAAGUUUUGAGAGCUCAUUGGGACAGUAAGUUGACCCUGUCCCAGAACUACGCCAAGUUGGGACUUCGGCUGAAGUUAGGUAAACCCACCGGUGGUGUGGAGAAACCACUGGCCAUAGAUAAAGGCCUGGAUGGGAAAAAGCACGAUAAAUCUCAGAGAGAGGACGAAAACAUUGACGAUUUUUACAACUCCGAAGGGGAGAUUGAUCCAGCCAAGAUCCCGGAGGGAAGAGCUCACAUUGUUCGUGACGAAAGCGGAGAGGUAGUCAAGAUUGUGUACGGUACCAAAGUCAGCGGAAUGUUUGAACAGGGUCCAUCUGAGAAAGAGGAGCCAGCACAGGAAUCGGUGGUAAUAAACGAACUCAUGGAAAAAGCACAGUCCAGGCCUGAAAAGCCACCCAAAAGACUGACAGAGUUGGAGGAAAUCUGGGUGGAUGGUUUGCAAAAGAAAUACGGUAACGACUAUGAAAGAAUGAAAUGGGAUCGCAAACUGAACCCCAUGAUGCUAACGCCCCGCAAGUUGGAGAAACUGUUUGAAAGGAAAUUGCAGGUCGAAGAUUACGACAGAAGACAUACAGCAUGA